AAUGAGACUAACGUUCUGCGCAUUUCAUUAAUUCGCGCGACGUUUCUUGCAGUGCUUUUGAGCGAAACCCGCAGUCGACCUUUUACAAUAAUCUUUAAUAAUUUACCCCUUUUGUAUACAACAACAACACUGUUUCUUAUACCCGCAGAACCGCGACAACAACAAACCACACUUUUUAAUCAUGACAUCCCACCAGGAUGCAAAACCCUCAACACCACUCUUCCCCUUUACCAUCCCGAAACUACAUCAAAGCACCGAUCUCCCCGCCUGGUACGCUCACAACUCCUACAUCCAAACCGCCUACCGCCCCAUCACAAAAUCCACGCGCCUCUGCGUACAAAGCUUGACAUACUUGCACAACGAAACCAUCAACAUCUAUUCACACCUUCUCCCCGCAUUCCUCAGCCUCUUCUUCAGCCACUCCUUCAGCACAUCUUUUGCAGAGCAGUUCCCGCACGCGACGUGGAAGGAUGAAGUCAUGUUCCGCGUGUUCCUGAGCACGUGCGUGAUUUGCUUUGGCACAUCAGCAGCGUAUCAUACGCUGAUAUGCCACUCGCAUGCGUUUGCAGAGCUUUGGGUGCGACUUGAUUAUGUGGGUAUUGUGGUGCAAAUUGUGGGGUCGUUCAUCCCCGGGAUUUAUUUUGCGUUUUAUUGUGAGCCCCGGUUGCAGAAGGUGUAUUGGGCUAUGAUUAUUACGCUGGGAACUCUGACUGCUACGAUUGUUCUUAGUCCGGGUUUGCAGGGCCCAAAGUGGAAGUAUUUACGCUUGUCCACAUUCGUUGCUAUGGGGUUAUCUGCUUUUGCGCCUAUCAUCCAUGCUGCUAGUAUUUUCCCUUAUUCCCAGCUAGAUCAACAAUCUGGCUUACGCUACUACUUCCUCGAGGGCGUUUUGAUACUCAUCGGAGUUGGUUUUUACGCAGCGCAUUUCCCAGAAUCCUGGAAACCAAAGCGGUACGACGUUUGCGGCGCGUCGCAUCAAAUUUUCCAUGUCGCUGUCGUUCUGGGCGCUAUAGCGCAUUAUUACGGUAUUAUGAGCGCGUUCGAGUGGAACUAUGCCAAUCAACGCUGUGCGUGGUGAAUACCGACGUUUUAUUGGACUUAACCGAACAGAACGGUAUUGGUUUUUCGGCUGCUUGUUGAUAUGCACAGCGUACUCCGAUUCCCUGCGACAAAUCUCGAGCCGUUAUUUUUGGCACUUGAGAACGUAAUUUUAAUAUAACAGGUCACGUCCGUUUUGUCUAUUCCCUCAAUGAUGGAUUCAAAGCCCCUUUACUUCGGUGCAAUACACCUGCAUCUAUAAUGGCAUUUAAUAUAUAAUGGAUAAUAUAAUGAUUAAAAACAAGCAAUAAUAGUAAUGGUUUCAAUUCAACGAAUCCAACG